AUGGGGUUGCUACGCCUAUGUAUCUGUGUGUCGGGAGUCUACGCCGCCUUCCUCCUCUGGGCGAUAGCGCAGGAACGUCUCUCCCAACCCUUCCCCGCGUCCCCGGCACAUCCCCACACCCCACCUCGUUCAGCACACGGAGACAAGUUCCCCUCCCCCCUCUUCUUCAACUUUUCCCAAGCGCUGGCAAGUGCCUGCGCGAGCGCAACGUACCUCCUCGUCGGGUCGCGGGGAUCACUCGCAAGGGACGGCGUAGUUGGUGUACUGGGGCUACGGCGGUUGUUUGGUGGCGCGGAGGUGUCGGACAAGCCCAAUGCCGUGGCCAGGUCAAACAACGCGAAUGGCAAGGCGAACGGCGCUAACGGGAACACCACGACACACGCCAACGUCAACACCACGAGACCACACGCCAACGGCAACGGCAACACCGCGAGACCAUGGUACCAGACCCUCCCCGGACUGCUUCUUCAAGUAUCCAUGUUCCAAACUACCGCUGGGCCGAUCGGGUUCCACGCGCUCAAGCAUAUUUCUUAUCCCACCAUGGUCCUGGCCAAAUCGUGCAAACUCAUCCCCGUGCUCCUGCUCAAUGUUCUUCUGUACCGCCGGAGGUUUGGAGCGCACAAGUACGCGGUCGUCGUGCUUGUUUCCAUUGGCAUCUCAAUGUUCAUGCUCUUUGGGGGGAAGAAGAAGGGUGGGGGUGGUGACAGCGCUUUUGGAUUGGGGCUGCUGCUCGUCAACCUCCUCAUUGACGGUCUAACCAACUCGACCCAAGACCAGAUCUUCGCCCUCUACCCCUCCUACUCGGGCCAGCAGAUGAUGUUCAUCAUGGCCUUCCUCCAACUAUCCCUCCUCACCCCCGCCAUGCUCCUGCCCCUCCCGUCACGCCCCUCAUCUCUUGUCAACCACAUACCAUUCCUCUCCUCCCUACUCCCCCGCGAGCGCGGCUACUCCCACACCCUCUCCUUCUCUCCCCCCAUCCUCCUCCAGUCGGUCCGCUUCCUCGUCUCGCACCCUACAGCGCUAGCCCCACUCGCCGCCUACGCAGCUCUAGGUGGUCUAGGUCAGUUGUUCAUUUUUGAGACGAUCGCGCACUUUGGCUCCCUCACACUCGUCAUGGUCACCGUAACCCGCAAACUCUUCACCAUGCUCCUCUCGGUCUUCGUGUUCGGCCACAAGCUCACUCCCGGACAAUGGUGUGGUGUAGCAGUAGUGUUUGCAGGCAUCGGCGUCGAGGCAGGGUUCAAGCGCCGUGAGGCGAGCAAGCGCGUACGGAGGGACAAGGCCAAGACGGAGUAG